AUGGAGAGGAAGGGAGGGGAAGAGGUUGGGCUUCAAUAUCAGUGGUUUAAUACUACAGCAGCAUCAAACAACAGCAACCCUAUUGUUCCUUCCUCCUAUACCUUACCCGAAAACCACCUCCGCCGCGAAUCACCUUCCCAAAACCAUCAUAUCUAUUGGGAUCCUACUUUGGGGAACCCUAUUGUUUUUCAAAACGCCAUGUUGCCAAACAAUCCCUACCAAAACCUUACUCCCUCACAGAAUGCCAAUCCGAAUGACCAUCUUUUUUUCCCUGCCAAUAGUCUCCAAAACUCACCAUGUACCAAUAAUCUCAACAUGAACAGUACUGAUUUUUCUGAUCAGGCCCAACACGAUCAGCUGACAGCAGCCUUGAAUCGGCUAAGCAUAUCGAAUCAUCAUCAGUCCGGUGGUGCCACAUCAAAUCCAAGAGUAAACAGCUCCUUAGGAGGUAAUGGAUUUACUGCUCAAUACCAAUCUUCUCAUUAUAUCCGAGAGGAGGAGGAAUAUUUGGAGAAGUUGAAAAAUCAGUAUGUUUUGUUAAUGGCCGAAAUGGAUCAGUACACGAGGCUUCAUGGAUCAGCAGUUGCCAAUCAUGUUACUACUAGUAAUCAUGCUCUCCCCCAUAGGGCAAAUUUUUCUCUAACAGAGGUGGGAUCUACCUAUACAGGAGCGAAUCGGGGUGGGAGUAGUACUUCUGAUCAAUUUGGUUAUGGAUAUAAUCCAAUGAGGCCUAAUAAUCCUGUUCGUAAUGGUGUAAUUAGUAGCAGGGGAUCAAGGUAUGCUAAUGGAUCUGGGCGACAGCGUUUGAGUACUAGUUACUCAUCAUCCUCAUUGGAACAAAGGGGCCAAGUGAUGACUAGUAAUUCAGUGGCUAAAGAUGGAUCAAGGUUUUCUAAUGGCUCCAUACGGCAGCAGCAUCCAACUGCUUAUCUAUCCUUGGAAGAAUUAAGGGGCAAAAUUGCUUUGGUGGCCAAGGAUCAUGUGGGGUGUCGUUUUUUGCAGAAGAAGGUCGAGGAGGGCAAGCCAGAGGAAGUUGAGAUGAUUUUUAAGGAGGUUAUGGACGCAGAUUUGCGUGACUUGAUGGUUGAUCAAUUCGGCAACGAGUUCAUCCAGAAACUUGUUGAAGCAACCAACAGAGAAGGACAGUCCAAAAUGCUUGACUGUGUGAUGAGUGAUGAGAAAAAACUCAAGGACAUUUGCACUGAUCAACACGGAAGUCGAGCAAUGCAGAAAUUGCUAGAGAGAGUUGAGACCCGAGAGCAGCAGUCCUCGUUCAUGCGACUUCUGAAGCGCAUCACAAUUCCCCUCAGCAAGACUCAGCCUGGUUACUAUGUGAUUCAAGUUUGCUUGAAACAUUUCUCUCCUGAAUCCACCAAGGGCAUCCUGGAAUUGGUGUUAGAGAACUGCCUUGCCCUAGCAAAGGACAAGUUUGGGUGCUGCUUAGUGCAAAGCAGCGUUCAUUAUGCUUAUACAGAGGCUAAGGAGCGUCUUGUGGCAGACAUAACUGAACAUGCUCGAGUCCUCUCUGAAGAUCCCUACGGGAACUAUGUUGUCCAGUACAUAAUUGGAUUGAAGAUACCUCGUGUAACAUCAGAUAUACUAGCACAGCUGGGAGGGAGUUUUGUUAAUCUCUCCAUGAAUAAGUAUGGCAGCAACGUGAUUGAGAAAAGCUUGAAAGAGGCUGGAGAAGAACAUGUCAAUAGGAUUAUUAACGAGAUGAUUAAUAGUCCCAAUUUACUGACUCUUCUUCAGGAUCCUUAUGGGAAUUAUGUUGCUCAGUCUGCUCUGGGAGUAUCCAAGGGAGCUGCUCAUAAUGCUCUUGUGCAACUCGUUCGGAGCCAUUACCCUUAUCUUCACAGUCAUCUCUAUGGAAAAAGGGUGCUUGACAAAACCAGAGGACACAGGCAUCGUUGCUAA